AUGCUUCCGUGCUCGGGACAUGUGGCGUUGGAACUAGUCUUUGAAGGAUGUGACAUCCGUUUUUCUUCAACCUCCACCCACAUCACAAUCCAGGGUGUCUCCUGUUCCUACGGUGUGCCUUGUCAUCUUCACCAACGUCUGAGAAUUAAAUUGUUUUGCCAAGAUGUUCCUCUGUUCCUGCUCUGGCCAUCCACAAUCCCCAAACAUGACUGGAAACAAAUGUGGCUAGGCUGCUGUGCAUGCCUUGGUAAAACAAGAUGGUGCCAUCAUUACAGUUAUAGACGGGGUGGCCCUCCAGCCCUUUUCCUUCUCAUCGGCCAUCAUCCAAAUUCUUCACCAUGUAACCACUACUGUGAUGGUUGGCUGCCCCACAGGUGCUCCUCCUAUUUCAGGUAUUGUCAGAUUGCACACUGCACCCACCAAGGACUGUCCCUUCCUUCCUUCCAUAUCAGGCAAGGCCCUUUGGUCAGGCCUAAUUUGGACAUGCAGGUAGAACCCAUCGUAUUGCAUCUUUACAGUGCCCAUUCCAAAUUACUCCGCAUCCCUCAUAGGACUAUCAAUUUAUUCUGGAAUGUCUCCUCAGCCAACUCCCAACGAAAGACCUACAGCCUGGUGGAUGCUCACAGCGGACGGUUCUGGUCUACCAUAUUCAAUCCAUAUGCUUUACGGAAUAAUUACUCCAUUGCUCCUAGUCCGCCAUCUUUCGGGAACAAAGUUGUGGCUCGUUUCUCUUUGGUUCUUGAAGAGGCAGCCUCUGGAGAUUUGAGUGGGGCAUUAGAUUUCUCAGGUGCCAUUUUAGGUCUAAGGAUCAGGAAUCAGCCUCUGGCUUAUCUUACUCUCAGAGACUCACGGAAAAUCAAGGCAGACACCUAUUUUUUUACCCCCAGACAGGGGUUCUCCUAUCUUAUCAAAGGCUCUUCUAAUGACUUGCACAUUCCUUCCCGCAUUUACUAUCUUUUUUACCAACAGCACGGUCUCUCUUACUUAAUCACCAUUGAAUUUGUCCACUGGUGCUGCUACAGAUUCAGCAUCCAUCUGUAUCUUAACCAAAAAGGAGUCCCUUUGAAGUCUUAUUCAGAGAAAGAUGUAGAAAUUCACAUUUUCAACAGUGGCCCUGCGUUUGUGCCAGGUUCGGUCUAUGUCGCUUGGUUCAUUCCCCUGCAGAACCCAUUAUUACAGCAUAAGUGGACCUUCAACCUACAAUGUUUGGAUGUAGAGAAGGAAGCUCUUCUUUGGAAUGCUACUUACAGUUACAGAGAUCGUGUCAAAAAUGCUGCCUGUUUUAUAUCUGACCUUCCUCUUAACCCUGCUUUAUAUGCAGGCUUCGUAGCACAAGUCAACUGCAGACGAAUCGGCCCAAUACAUAUCCUUUUAGAAACCAGAGUCAGUACUUAUACCUCAAAGGCCCUGAAGUCUACAGUGGAUUGCCUUCCAAGAUUCUGUUUCCUUAAAAGAGUAAAAAUCCAGGAAUCUCAUGAUACUAAUCUUGUUUUAAAUUACAGUAAAAAUGACCCAUUCACUCUCUCAGCUGAUAUUGAGGUGAAUUGUUCAGAACCGAGGCAAACACAUACAGCCUGGAGAAUCUAUAAAGUUCCAGAUAUGAAGACCGGUCCAGACUGGUCAAAACCUUUGAAUCCUUCUGGAAUUGGGAAAAAUGAUCUUUCAACCUUAAACAUUCCUGCUGGUAGCCUAGAUGAAGGCUUGUAUUUAUUCAAUUUGACCAUAACAUUAAUCACGGGGGACACUUUAGAGAAAGUAGAGGAUUCCGAUUCAGUAUUUGUGAAGAUUAGACCCAACAGACUUUGGGCGGUUAUUGCUGGAGGUGAUUUGCAGACAGUCGGAUUUUCUGACCAGUGGAUUCUGGAUGGGUCUGCCUCUUCUGAUCCGGAUGCCCCCCAACCCUUUCAAGGCCUCACCUUCACUUGGUACUGCUCCAAACAAAAAGCAGACUAUGUUUCUAUGACUUUGAGCGAGACUGGGAAGUGCCGCCCAGAUCAGGCAGAUCUGAAGUGGACUGCUUCUUCAGAGGCCGUGCAAACAGUUCUGCCUCGAACACUUCAAGAGAAGGCCACCUACUACUUUCUCCUGGUGGUUCAUAAAGGAAGGAGACAGGCUCAGGCUGAGCAAAGGGUCCAUGUGCAGCCUGAUGCUUGGCUAGCACUGAACAUCACCUGCCUUGAGAACUGUGGAAGAUCUGUGAAUCCCAUGGAAAGAUUUUGCCUGUUUGGCAAAUGCCUAAAUUGCAGGAGGUUUAAUAAGCCUCGAUUUCACUGGUCGCUUUUUUCGGGAAAUUCCUCCGAGCUCCAGUUUGACUGGGCCUCCAGAACUUCAACAGGAAGAACCAAUCCGUACCUCUGUAUGAAACCGUUGAGCUUGAUGCAUAUGGCAGAAUCCUCCUUUAGACUUGUAUUUAAAGUAAGCCUGGAGGGAUAUAAACCAUUGCUCUAUGUCUACUCAUUUGUGGUAAAUAUACCUCCAGCACUUGGAAAGUGCAGCCUUAACCCUCCCACAGGAAUAGCCUUUCUAACAAAAUUCUCUGUUCACUGUAGUGGAUUUAGAGAUCAGCAUUUGCCUCUUACUUAUAAGGUCAAAGUGGCAUUAGAUGCAAUGCAAGUGCCUAUUAGAGAAAACAGUACUUUGGGCACCAUUGUCUAUUUUGGUGACCAAUGCAAAAGUCCGCCCUCUUUUUUACCCAUUGGUGUAUCUUCUAAGCAAUAUCUCUUGACCUUAUAUGUCCAAAUAUAUGAUGAUCUUGGUGCUUAUUCCCAAAUUACAUUAACCACCACGGUGCACAGUCCACUGAAAGCCAAGGAACCAGAGGCUGCGUUAAAGGAAUUGCAUAGCUUAACCAGUGGAACAUCCGCUCCCAUCACAUACUUUCUCAACAGCGGAAAUUAUUUUAGCGCGGGAUAUUUUGUCCACAUGGUGGCUUCUACUUUAAAUGAUCUAGAAGUGCUUCCGAGACUUCAUUCCUCUAAGACCAAACUGCGUGAAAUCCUUUUAAAUCAUUUGGCUGGGAUUCCAACAACAAAUAUAAUGGAGGCAAAUCACAUGAUCUCAAGUAUUUUGCAGAUAACCCAAGAAAUUGGGGAAAUGAACAGGAAGUCACAGCUUCUUGUGGUCCAAAAGCUCAAGGAGGUGACUGAUAGGUUGAAAAGACAUAACAGAGAAAAGGGGGGUUCUAAGGAGAUCCAUGAUCUUGGAACUGCUAUUCUUGCUGGGUUAUCUAAAGUCUUGAAAGCUUCUCUGUUAAAAAACCCACAAAGCCACAGAGUUGUGGCUGGGGAAACCGUCUCUGCCACUGAAAUUUUAGCAGACCUCCUUUUACAAGGCAAAGUCCCAGGAGAAAGUGAAACCACCAUAGGAGCGGAUGACUGGACCAUCACAUUAAGGAAAGAGGAAAAGCGUGAUAUUUCCAAAACUUUUGCUACGAAGAGAGACUGCCGAAACAAUUGUUUCUAUGCCAAAAUGAAGCAAGUGGAAUAUGACCGGCUGCCCGAUGACGCAGUAAUUUCUACGGUACUUUAUGACUUUGACAAGAGUCCAUUUUUCGGGUUGCCAUCUUCGGACGACAUAAGCACAAGAGUGGGGGGGUUCAAAAUGGCAGGAACUAAAUCUAAUGGCGAAGUGAUUGAAAUCGUGCCUGAUGUGGUGGAAAUGAUCCUGACCAGAAAUGAGGACACGACAGCUGUGUUUGAGAUGAUGGUGGAACGCAGCCAAAACUUCCCUGAAGCAUCUGGAGGACUCAGUUUGGAAGUCCCUAGAAACUCCAAAGACAUCUUAAUCCAGAUAGUGACAAAACUAAAGCUCACUUUCCAGGUUUUGAUAUACGUGGGUCUCAAACUUAGUCAUCCUCCAAUAGCUACUUUUAAUGUUUCCCACAAUAAGCCGGUGGUCUCAAAGACUAAGAAUCCCACAGGUCAUGAUUGUGUAUUUCAGAGGCCGUACGUUUUUUGCCUUUCACAAAAGUUACUCAAAUCCGUAUUCCAAGGCAGCAGAGCUGAAAAACGAAAUGUUUCCAUCAUUUUCCGGUCUGGCCACUUUCUGCAGGGCCACAACAACUCAGGGAGACUUGACCUCGCGCUGUUUACAGCGGACUGCUUGUAUCUGGAUGAUGUCCAAACACACUGGAGGCAAGACACAUGUCAUCUCGGACCUCAGACUACAUGGCAAAAGCUACACUGUGUCUGCGCAGGCAAAAGACGCACUGCGAGGACCGUUGACCCACCAACAGGAAGAACCUCCAUAGGAAACAUCACAUUUUUAGCAGGGAAGGUGACCGUCUAUCCUGAUCCAGCAGAGACGAGAAAGAUCCAGCUGGCUCAAAUCCAGAAAAACCCAGUGACAAUCUUGACCGUAGUUUUCAUUUUUCUUACCUAUAUCAUGUUGGCUAUUUGGGCAAUGAGGAAAGAUAAGGCUGAUGUAGAAAGCAAAGCCCACACCAUUGUCUUGCCUGACAACGACCCCUUUGAUAAGGUUUGCUACUUGGUCACCAUCUACACAGGCAGCCGCGUUGGGGCAGGAACCACAGCCACCAUUUUCAUCCAGUUGAUAGGGGACCAAGCAGUCAGCGACGUCCACUGCUUGAGCCACCCUGAACACGUGCCUUUCCUCCGUGGGUCCAUCAAUACCUUCCUCCUGACUACUAAGAAUGACCUGGGAGAAAUUUAUUGCCUUCAAGCUUGGCACGAUAAUGCCGGUUCUUCUCCUAACUGGUUCCUGAGUAGAGUCAAGGUGGAAAACAUGUACACCAAGCAGUCUUGGAUGUUCAUGUGCCGAAAAUGGUUUGCUCUGGAGAAGGACAAUGGUCUAAUCGAGAGGGUGUUUGUUGCGGUCCAGCCAUCGGCCCCUUUAAAAAAAAUGGAUUUUUUUCUCAUCAGCUUGGCCAAGGACCUUGCAGACAAUCACUUAUGGUUCUCCCUUUUUGCCCGCGUGUGCACGGGUUCUUUCAACAGACUUCAACGGCUGUCUUGCUGCUUAGCCACGGUCCUCUGCAUCCUGCUAAUCAACAUGAUGUUCUUCAAGGCUGACGAAGAUCAGCAGAUGCAUCCAGGACAACUGCAGUAUCUGAGACUUCUGAUCAUCGGUGUUCAGAGUGCCUUCAUUUCGGUCCCUUUGCAGAUGAUUAUAACAGCUCUGUUCAAAUAUUCGCAGAAGGAGCCUUCUGAUCAGAAGGCCACUGAAACUCAGCAGAAAGUGUGUUCUAAUGUAACGGCUGGAAAUCUGAGGAACUGGAAAGAACUCUUGCAGAAAUGUUACCUUCUAGAAACGGCUUCAAAAUUCCCAGGGCCAGGUUUUCCAGACAACAGCUUUUCCGGUGCCUCCAAUCCCCCAAACCUGGCAGAACAGAAAAAUGUUAGGUGGCGGCAGAGAACAAAAAUCCGUUACAACUGCACAAUCCCAGAGGGGGAUGCCAAUAUAAUUUCAACAGAGGAGGAGGAGGAGGCUUCGCAAGCUGGCCAUACCAACAUCAAUUUUAACAAUAAUUGUGCGGAGAAGGAGGCAGGCCACCAAACGAGGCCUCCCCAUACUCCCAGCAUGCUUUUCUUCAAAAGGCCCCAGGUCAUAUCUUGGUGGAACAGAUACGCUUCGUGGAUGCUGGUCUUGGUUAUUUCUGCCGCGUCCUCUUUUUCUAUCAUAUUAUAUGGCACGUCUCAGGACUAUGAAACCUCUUUAGAAUGGCUCGCAGCCUCCGCCAUCUCGCUACUGGUCAGCAUGUUCUUCCUUCAAACGCUGAACGUCCUUUUUUUUUCAGCCCUAAAAUCGCUUCAUCCCAAUUCCAGUGAAAGCAUCCCGUGGUCCAUCAAGGAAACUUUCCUAGAGAUUAAGCUGAACGGACCAAGUAUGAAUGCUGACGACAUGCGAGAACUGCAUUACGACCUCGUAAGACUGAGGGGCACCAAGCAGUACCAGCCUUUGGAAGAAGACGAGGUCACCAUUUUUAAGAAAAGAGAGAAGAUCCGACAUCAAGCCUUUGUUUUCCUGAAGGACGUCAUAUGCCACUUCGUCUUUUUAAUCCUUAUUUUGAACAUUGCCUACUCCAUGGAAAACACCACGAGUUUUUACUACAAUCAGGACAUGAACUCAAAAUUGUCUGAGGGGCUUUUCGAAGUCGGUAAAAUAAAGGAGAUUUAUCUCUGGUUGAAGGAGGUCUUUUUGCAACUGAUUCACAACGACCUGAAGCCAACCUUCCUGCCAGAGACCUGGUCCAAAAUCCUGGGUUUACCCAAAAUGCGGCAGAUAAGAGCAAAGCAUACUAAAAAAGAAUGCUUCUAUCCGCACAGUUUUGUAAAUAAAUUUGUGAUUAGUAAAAGCCACUGUCUUCACAAAUAUGGCGCUGAUGAAGAGGAUCAGAGCGACUACCUCGGCUCAUGGAAAAACCCAGCUAAUAAAUCUGCGGUGAAUCAUUUUAGCAAUUUCACAGGAUUCACCUACCACACAGUCAGAGAUCCCUGGAGAUACAAUUCCUACGGAGAGCGAAAUGUGUACGAAGCAGGAGGAUAUGCUUUCCAUUUUUAUCCAGAGGAGACUCUCUCUGAAUCAGUGAAAGGACUGGAGUCUUUGGAAGAAAGCGACUGGCUUGAUGAAAAUUCUUGGGUGCUAAUAGUCGAGAUGACGACUUUUAAUCCUGACGUGGACUUAUUUUGCAGCAUAUCUGUGAUCUUCGAACUUUCUCAUUUAGGCCCCAUUAACACAACUUUGUGGAUCCACUCCUAUAGACUCCCCAUUUUCAAGCAGCUGGAACAAAGGGAGAAGUUUGUUUUCAUCUUGGUGGGCUACAUGCUGGUCUUUUACAUCAUUGAUGAGUUUUGCGUGGUGGAGCAACAGAGACUCAACUACCUAAAAAACGUGUCCAAUUUAAUUAACUUUGGCAUAAAAGCCGUGUGCUGUUUUUUCCUUCUGCAACUCGCCUUCAAGUUUAAGCUGGCUUCGAGCCUUAUCGAUCUCUAUCUCCGUCAGCCGAACGAAUUCAUCCCCUUCCAUAAAGUUUCUUUUGUCGAUAAAACCUCGCGGGUCACUCUAGGGUUUUUGGCCUUCCUGAUUGUCCUGAAAACUCUCAGGUACUCCCGUUUCUUUUACGACGUGCGCCUGGCCCAGAGGUCCAUUCUGGCCGCCCUGCCAGGGAUCUGCUCCAUGGCUUUAGUAGUGGCAGUCUACUUCUUUGUCUAUAUGGCCUUCGGCUACCUUGUCUUUGGCCAGUAUGAGUGGAACUACAACAAGAUGACCCACUCGGCCCAGACCGUCUUCUCCUACUGUGUCUCGGCCUUCAAGGACACGGCUUUCAGAUCCAACCGUGCCCUGGGUGGACUCUUCCUGGCCUCCUUCAUGAUGGUGAUGAUCUGCGUCUUGAUCAACUUAUUCCAAGCAGUGAUCAUGUCGGCCUACGAGGACAUGAAGCAGCCGGUUUACGAAGAGCCUUCUGACGAAGCCGAAGUGGUCAAUUUUCUCUUCCAUAAAAUCCGUCGAAUAUGGGCUUUCGUCACCUUUAGGCCUGUAUCGACCACAGACACGGAGCUUUUUAAUCGAGUUCUUUUUGGGCUUCCUGAGCGCAAAACCACGCAUCACCUUGGACUCAAAGCCCGGAAAAUAAAUGGGCGGAAAAUGGUGUAUCUUGUCAUCUGA